UAGUUUUCACGGAAGUUCAUGGCAAUCGGCGUGGGCUCGGCGGCGCGAGCCGUGGUGGUCGCGGCAGUGGCGUUCUACGCCGCACGAUUGUCGAACAUGCACGCUGACAACGACUUUGACGGUGCGGAUGGCCCGACUGAUGCUCUGGAAGGGGCGUGUUCGAUUCGCAUCGAGGUCGACUUGUCGUGCGAAGCGUUUGUUAGCACAUACCUUGGCGUCGAGCCUGUGAUCAUUCGGCCGUCGUCGGCAGCCUCUGGCCUCUGGAACGCUGCGUUCACGGAAGCAUCGUCCCGCCACACGAUGGAAACAGCGCACGGCGACUUGACUGUGAAGAUGUCGACCGCAAACUCGUACACUGGCCGCGAUUGGACCGAAAUGCGCGUGGCAACGUAUAUGACGACGCAGUUGCAUGACGCUGAUAUGGCCAAGAUGGGCAACGAGACAUUCUACCUAUUUGGAAGCACGCGAGGACCAGGUUGGAACGCAUUCCUCUCGAUGUACAGCCCCCCGACGCAUGUGUACCCAAGCGAAUCGUUCGCCCACGCGUCGUGUGACGCGCGCGCUCUGCAGCGACAUACAAAGACAUCGACUAGCCUCAGCUUUGGCAUGGCUGGCCGUGGUUCAGGCGUGCCGUUUCACUUCCACGGCCCAGGAUUCCUUCAACAGAUACACGGCCGGAAGCGAUGGUUCCUCUAUCCACCGCGCACGACGCCCGACUUUCACCCCGACGAAAGCACGCUGCACUGGGUGCACACUGUGUACCCGACGAUGCGAUCCCCGCCGACCCACGAGUGCGUCCUCGAGCCCCGCGAUGUAAUCUACUUUCCCCACGAAUGGAUGCACGCCACACUCAACCUCAGUCCGUACACGGUCUUCGUCGCAACGUUUGCUUAAUCCAAAAUUGCUCGUAUGUGCCGACAGCGAACACCUGCCCACCUGGUUGCAGUCGCAAGUGUUCGCGUCCACGUUACUCUCGCGACACAAAGCUCUGCCUGUCGUGGGGUGCUCUGCUUGGAGGACGUUUUUGUCCUCAUGGCGCCGGUGGCAUGGCCAUGGGCAUGUUCAAGAGGGUGUCCAGACAUGAUUUCACAGAGUUGACAGGGCUGCAGUGCC